AUCCCUAGAACGGUCAGUGUCGGGGACGCUUCUUGAUUGAGGAGACGUGCAUUUGUCGUCUCAUUCAAUGCGUUUGUACAUACUAGUUGGGAGGGAUACUCUAUUUUGCAUUGGCAAAAUGAUACAUGAAAGUCCGUUGCAAAUACAAAGAAGCUACUAUGCCUCUUGAGCUUGGGUGCAUGUAGACGAAUACCGAUACCACAUUAUCUCCAAUAUGAGGAACACAGAUGGAGGGGUUUUGCGAGCUGCUCCAGGCGAGACGCCGAAUGCAGGAACCGGCCUAUUCGCGACCACCAGAAUUCUUAUUGGGCAACCCAUUUUAGAGCUGGACACUUGGUUGGCCGUUUUGGAUACGGCUCGAUUGGCAGAUACCUGCUCCAACUGUUUUGGUGGUAAAACACUUCGAGACCGGGAAGUGGAUGGCGCUCCUCAAGUGCCUCUGAAGUUAUGCACUGGAUGCAGGACAGUGAGGUACUGUAGCAAGGGUUGUCAAAAGGAAAAUUGGGCUGCAAUCCAUAAACACGAAUGCAAGAUCUUCAAAAAUCUGUAUCCAAAUGUUUUACCGACUCCCUCAAGAGCGGUGUUAAGGAUCCUUCUUCUAAAAAAGCAUCAGGAGGAUCAAGGGGACAGACUGCAACGCUUUGAUUCUUUGACGAGUCAUCUAACGGAGACUAUACGCACGAAACCGGAUCAUUUCCAAAAUCUAGUAUUGUGUGCCAGAGCGAUCCAUGAAUAUUCCAAAACGGAGUUGAGCCUUCAAGAAGUCGUUGAUUGUUUUGGCAAACUUGACAUCAACGCUUUUACUCUAACAACUCCAUUUUAUGAUCAAAUUGGCGCCGCCGUUGAGCCUCUUGCAUCUUUGUGUAACCACAGCUGCGAUCCUAAUGCUGCUGUUGAUUUUGAUAAGGGAAAGACUUGGCUCAGGGCGCUACAGCACAUUGAAGAAGGAGAGCAGAUAUUUGUUUCUUACGUUGAACCUACUGAUGCAUGUUUACACCGCCAGGCGGAACUCUCUAAAAGAUAUUAUUUUGAAUGUGAAUGCCCCAGGUGCAUUAGAGAAAAGGAGAUCGGCGACGGCGAAUUUCUAAAAGAAGUCACGGACCUUGACUCGAAGCUGGUCGACGAUGCACAAAAAGAAGCUGUCGGGCUCUUGGAAGCUGCGAAGUCUAGAAUUUCCCCUGCCGCUUCGAUCCGCAGCCUUAAACGCGCAAUGAGCAUCCUGCGAAAAACAUUAGUAUGGCCAUUGACUCGUCAGCCGUAUGUCAGGCUUCGGAACGAGCUCAUCGCAUCCCUCAUGGAUGCACAACAAUUGCAAUGCGUAUUUGUGCAAUGCGCGAUCCGCCAUCUCCGUAUCGAUCCCGUUGUAUAUCCAGCUAAAUGGCAUCCGGUCGCCACUAUGCAUAAAUGGAUGUUUGUCAGCUUAAUGAGGUACCUUACUCAAGCGGGGAACCUGGGUUUUGCGGAAGGUAUUGAUCUCUCAAAGUAUCAGCUCAACCUUUUCUUACUGAUUUAUUCCAUCCUGCUUGACCUUGAGGUGACCGCUUCAAAUGAGCUGCCUACUGUGGAGGAUAUCUACAGAGGCUCGCUCUCGCUCUUUGUAGACGCGGAAUGGACACUGGAAGCGAUGCAACCUGACAUUGAUAAAGAAUGGGAGAAGGUGGAGAAGCUUGUGGACGACGCUUUGCGAAUAGACGAGGCCUCAGUUUAGGUGACAGCCAGGCUAUGCCUUUGGCAGACAGCAUUUCUAAGAUUCUACACGUCAGAUUUCAACCUUCAACCCGUCUAAUCCCAUUUAAAGUGGAGUUGUGUGAAUCUCGAGAUACCCCUCUGUUGAUCUGACCAGCGUUUGUGGUUGAAGUGAUUCCCACCCACAAUUUUUGCAAAGAAAACCCAAGGUCGUCUCUUAAGCGGGCCUUCAACACCUUUCGCCAGCAGCAUAAGGUUCAGGUGAAGUGAUAUUUUUGUUGUUCCCGCUUGUCGCGGGUCAUACCGCUGAAGCUGUUUCCAAGCAACAGCAAGCAAUCACAUGAACUAAGAUUUUCUUUCUCAAAACAUCCACAAUCAGCCAUAUUGUGAUUUUCUUGUCUUUGAAUCAGGUGGCUAUCUGUUCCUAGAAAACUUCUACGCCUUUCUCCAGAUUUUUAUAUUUCCUUCCUUUAUAAAACCCUAUCAUAUUCCUUCACUGUCUGUAAAAGACCCACUUCAAUCAUACAUUGAACUCGCAACUUUCCAGCAUCUCAUUUUUCCUUCACUCUCCUUCUGUUGUGGCCUUGAA